AUGAAGACCUUCAUUUUCCUUAUUUUCCUGGGAGCUGCUGUUGCUCUCCAUACUGAGGAAGAUGACAGGAUAGGGGGCUACACCUGUGCGAAGAAUUCCCUCCCCUCCCAGGUGUCCCUGAGCGCUGACGGCCACAUAUGUGGGGGCUCUCUCAUCGGUGGCCAGUGGGUCUUGUCUGCAGCCCACUGCUAUGAACACCGACUCCAGGUACAUUUGGGAGAACAUAACAUUCAUGCCAUUGAGGGUGAUGCACAAUUCAUUGAUGCAGCCAAGAUCAUCCCACACCCUGAGUACAAGGAAGACACCAUCGACAACGACAUCAUGCUGAUUAAACUGAAGUCACCCGCCACCAUCAAUUCUCGUGUGUCCACUGUCUCUCUGCCAACAUCCUGUCCAUCUGCUGGUACUCAGUGCCUUGUGUCUGGCUGUGGCAACACUGUGAGCAAUGGCUUCAACUUGCCUUCACUCCUGCAAUGUCUGGAUGCUCCUGUCCUGUCUGACACCGUUUGCCACAAGGCCUACCCAGGCCAGAUCACCAACAACAUGUUCUGUCUGGGAUUCCUGGAAGGAGGAAAGGACUCUUGCCAGUAUGACUCUGGUGGCCCUGUGGUAUGCAAUGGACAGCUCCAGGGUAUCGUCUCCUGGGGCCACGGCUGUGCUCUCAAAGGAAAACCUGGGGUUUACGCCAAGGUGUGCAACUACCUGGACUGGAUUCAGCAGACCAUCGCUGCCAACUGAACCCCUCUCUUUCUUCA